AUGAGCUCACUCUACUCUGAUAACCAAACAUCCAUCAUGGAAUUCAUAUUCUUGGGAAUUAUAAACAUUAAGCAAGGAAAAGGCUUGCUCAUCAUCCUUUUACUUGGUAUAUAUAUCAUGUGCUUCUUGGGAAACUCACUCAUAAUCACUGUGGCUGUGUUAAAUCAGUCUCUCCACACCCCCAUGUAUUUCUUCCUGGGCAAUCUCUCUUUCCUAGAUAUCUGUUAUUUGUCUGUGACUGUACCCAAAAUGCUAGCAGAUCUUGGAGCUCAGUCUCCAAGCAUUUCUUUUACAGGAUGUGCAGCACAGAUGUACUUCCUUAUUACUUUAUCUGGCAGUGAGGGAUUCCUUUUGGUCUCUAUGGCUGUGGACCGCUACUUUGCUAUAUGUCGCCCAUUGGUCUAUGCUAGAAUCAUGAAUAAAUGGACUUGCUUACAGCUGGCUGCCAUUUCCUGGGCUUGUGGCUUCCUCAAUGCUUCACUCCACAUACCACUCACAUUCCGCUUGUCUUUCUGCCGAACUAAUGGGAUUAAUCAUUUUUUCUGUGACAUUCCUCCAUUGUUGAGCAUCUCAUGCUCUGACACAUGGGUUAAUGAAGUUGCCCUUUUCACAGUGGGUGUAUUUGUAGGGCUUAGUCCUUUCUUCUUCAUCCUGGUCUCCUAUGCGUUCAUCCUUCAUGCUGUUUUGAGCAACCAACAUAAAGGACAGCGUCACAAAGCCAUCUCCACCUGCGCAUCUCACCUUACAGUUGUGAUUCUGUUCUAUGGUUCUGGCAUCUUCACAUAUUUCCGCCCUACCUCUAGCUACUCCCUGGGAAAUGACCAACUCGUUGGGGUUCUGUACAAUAUCUUAACUCCAACACUCAACCCUCUCAUCUACAGUCUCCGGAACAAGGAAGUGAAAAUGGCAAUGAAGAAGUUAGUAAGUGAGAAAAAAUUCUCCUUUGGAAUUUAG